GUGUGUGUGUGUGUGUGUGUGUGUGUGUGUCAUCCCAAACGUCGGAACGUGAGCGUGGCGUGGCGUGGCGUGGCAGCGCGCGCGCGUGGGCCGGUUACUGCGCGUCAUUACAACCGAGUCCCAUUUUUUUUCUUCCCUAUUAAGAUCCAAGUUCGACGUGUGUGUGUGUGUGUGUGUGUGUGUGUGUUUUUGACGUGGGUUCAAAGUUUGCAUGUGUGUGUGUGUUUUUCACACGCUCCGGAAAGCAGGCGCGCGCUCUGUUGUUUCAUUUUAUCGCUCGCGGAUGCAACAAGAAAAGAAAGAAAUCGGCGCAAAUCGUUUCUGCUGCGUCUCCGCGUUAUUCUCCUCCUCCUCCUCCUUCUCCACGCCUCGGUGUGUGUGUGUGUGUGUGUGUGCUAGCACUGGAGCCAACUUCUCGCCAUAGGAAUGAGAUAAACACACACGCAUGCACACACGUUUACGAAAGAAAAAACGAGAGAAAAGUUCCAGGGAACCGGAGCGAGCGCGAGGAGAGGAAGAAAAAGGGAUAAAGAGAAAGUUGCACGGUUACAUUAAUGCAUGUGCACGCGGGAAGGAAAGAAAGAAAGAAAGAGAAAAAACAAACAUCACGGAAACGAGAGAAGGAAAAACACAGUGAGGAAGAGGAGCACACACUGAUGUGAAGAGGAAUGCAAAAGAACUCGGCAGAAGAUGGGAGUAAACACAUGCGGGGAAUAACGUCCUCGCUAACACACACUGAGGCUCGGAGUGACGCUGGCGUGCAGUUGAUGGAGUCCACAGUUAGCACAUCCACGCAGGUGCCUGAUGAAUACGACCGGAACGUUCCACGGAUCUGCGGUGUGUGUGGAGACAAAGCUACUGGCUUCCACUUUAAUGCCAUGACCUGUGAGGGCUGCAAGGGCUUCUUCAGACGCAGCAUGAAGCGCAAGGCCAGCUUUACGUGCCCUUUCAGUGGGAGCUGCACCAUCACUAAAGACAACCGGCGUCACUGCCAGGCCUGCAGACUCAAGCGCUGUCUGGAUAUUGGCAUGAUGAAAGAGUUUAUCCUGACCGAUGAGGAGGUGCAGAGGAAGAAGGAUCUGAUCCAGAAGAGGAAGGACGAGGAGGCGCAGAAAGAAGCGCAGAAGCCCCGCCUCUCUGAGGAGCAGAACACCGUCAUCUCCACGCUGGUGGAGGCGCAUCAUAAAACCUACGACGACUCGUACUCGGAUUUCUCCCGCUUCCGACCUCCAGUGAGAGAGGGUCCUGUUACACGUAGUGCCAGUCGAGCUGCUUCCCUACACUCACUAUCUGAUGCUUCCUCCGACUCCUUCCGCCACUCGCCUGAGUCGGGUGAUGGUAAGCUCAAUCUGAGCAGUAUGUUGAUGAUGUAUCAGGAACAGGGUUCGAGUCCUGACUCUAAGGAGGACGAGGGUUCUCGCUUGUCCAUGCUGCCUCACCUGGCUGAUCUGGUCAGCUACAGCAUCCAGAAGGUCAUCGGAUUUGCCAAGAUGAUCCCCGGAUUCAGAGAGUUAACAGCGGAGGAUCAGAUCGCUCUGCUGAAGUCCAGUGCCAUUGAGGUGAUCAUGCUGAGGUCCAAUCAGUCCUUCAGUCUGGAGGAUAUGAGCUGGUGCUGCGGGGGGCCCGAGUUCAAGUACUGCAUCAAUGAUGUCACUAAGGCUGGCCACACACUGGAGCUGCUGGAGCCGCUGGUGAAGUUCCAGGUGGGGUUGAAGAAGCUGAAUCUGCACGAGGAGGAACACGUGCUGCUGAUGGCCAUCUGCCUGCUGUCCCCCGACCGUCCCGGCGUGCAGGAUCACGAGCGUGUUGAGGCUCUACAGGAGCGUCUCUCCGAGGUCCUCCAGGCGUACAUCCGAGUGCACCACCGCGGCCGUCUGCAUUACGCCAAGAUGAUCCAGAAGCUGGCGGAGCUGCGCAGUCUGAGUGAGGAACACUCGAAGCAGUACCGCACGCUGUCCUUCCAGCCCGAGCACAGCACGCAGCUCACGCCGCUCGUCCUCGAGGUGUUCGGCGGACAGGUCACCUAGAGGUCAGGGGGAGCGUGAAGGGCGUGGACGCAUGGACAAUCACCAUGAGACACACACACAGAGCCUGGGAGUGAUGUCUGUGUGUGUAUAAAUGUGUGUGUGUGUGUGUGUGCUGCUAUGAGAAUGUGUGUGUUCAUUCCUAUUCCUUUAUCAUGGGUUCUAGAUCAGAAGGGUGUUUUUAGCGCCAUCGCAACGUGCAGCGCAAAGCAUUUAUCCCAUAAACAUUAACCUACAGUAUUACACUACAUGUAGCUCUGAGUGUGUGUGUGUGUGUGUGUGUGUGUGUGUGUGUGAGUGUGUGAGUGUGUUAUAGCUCUGCUUGGUCCACUACUGCUGUCUUUUUUUCACCUCCUACUUUUAAAAUGCACACGGUCCACACAGUCCAGCCACUCGACCAAUCACAACGCAGCACUUCACUCAGACCCCUCCCCCCAAGAGCUCUGAUUGGCUGUUGAAAAAAAAUGCACAAAAUCAGGUUUGUGUGUAAUGCAUAAAUUAUUAUUUAUUUAAAAAAAAAGAAAGAAAAUAUCAAUAGGAUCGAUAAGAGUGUCCAAUUUAUGUUUUAAAAACUGCAAAAAAACUUACUUUGCUAAAAUAUUUCGAAUAUUAAUGAGUCUCUAAUUAUACUACACUACUCUAACAUUGCAGAUUGGUUUUAUAUAAGAAGACACCUUUAUACGGGAAUAGUAUAAUCCACCAUGAAUCACUAACGGAUUCAUGUUCACUAUGUGUGCUCACUACAAAGCGUAUUAUAAUGAGGUUACAUACGUCACACAGAACAUCGUGAAGAUACAGAAAAAAUUUUAAUAUGCAAAUUAUAUUGGCAUAAAGGACACAUUUAUUUCAAGAGCUUCUACAUCAAACAACACACAAGUCAUUUAGUCAAAUUUAAUAAAUGAUUCUGAGUCAUUUAGUCAGAUUUACCUUGAGAUAUCUACAAAUUAUGAAAAUUAGUUUUUUUUAAAUGAUGGAUAUUAAAAUUUUUAAAUAUUUUUAAAAGAAGAUAGUUACGAUGCAUAAAGAAUCGAUUUCUAGUCUGACUUUGACUCGCUGAAUCAAAUGCAAUAGAAUCAGGAAAUCGGAAGAAAUUUCCACCUCUUUGGAAAAAGACAAAAAUAACAGUCUUCCGGUUUUCUUUAUAUAUUUUUCACCUCAUAAUAUUUACACUAGCUAGUGUAGUAUAGUCUCUAAGUAUACCACGCUACUGUCGCAUUUCAGGGUUUUUUUGGAUUAAUUAAUAAUCCAGAAUGGCUUCUUGUUCACUAUGUGUGCCUCCUGUGUACGUAGGGUAUAACAUGGUGGUGUUAUAAACCCUACAUAGAGCAUACACAAUGCUUUCAUAAACACAUAAUAAAUUUUGUAAUUAAUUAGCGCUUCUCAAAGUGCUUAUCAAACAGCAUGUGAGUCAUUUGGUCAAAUUUAGCAAACGACUCGGAGUCAUUUAGUCAGAUUUGCGUUCAAAUAUCUACAUAAUAAAAACCUUUGUUUUUUUUUUUUUAAUGAUCAACAAAAUGUUUUAAACGCAGUAAGUCAUAGUAUAAAAACAUAAUGCAUAAUCAAGAUGCUUGAGGAAUCGAUUCCUAAUAACAUGAAUCAAAAAUGAGUAAAUGACUCUGAGUCAUUUAGUCAUAUUUACCUUCCUGUUUCUAGAUAUUAUAAAAUUUUUGUGUUUUUUUGUGAUUGAUAAAUUGACAUUAUGUUUUAAGAUAAGAUCAGGAUCAUCAAGAUUGAUUUCUAAUCACGUUGACUCAUGACUCACUGAAUCAAAUCUCACUAAAUGAGUCAUUUAGUCAGAUUUCGCUUCAAAUAUUAAAGAUAUUAUGAGAGUUUGUAUUUCUAGGAUGUAUGUACAUGAUAUUGUGUUGUAGAAGCAGAAAGCCAUAGUGGAAAAACACAAUCUACAAGUGAGAUGUCUAAAGAAUCGAUUUCUGAUCACACUGUGACUCACUGAAUCAAAUCAGGAGUCAGGUCUCUAGAAAUUUUAAUCCCUGCUGAAAAAGACAAAAGACGCCUUUGCAAUUUCUUUCCUCUUUUUGCGCCUUGCAGAACGCGAGUGAUGUGAUGAGGUCUGUGUGGACUGCUCAGUGCUUCGUCAGCGUUUAUCGCUGAGCUUAAUAACGUGUAAAUACGACUAUAUAUCCUUUAGCGCUAUAUUCUUAGAACCUACAUGUAUAAUCUUUACCUCUGACCCUGAGAUGUGUAUAUAGAACCGAGUUCCUCUUUAAGCUGAAUUUAAGGUCUGAUCAGCGUGUGACCUCUCGGGGGUUUUAAGGUCUAACUGUAGUUUCUUUAGAAUGCUGUUGUAGCUAACAGUGACGUGUUAAGCUUUGGAACAAUGAUGUACCGUCAUGCUUCAUGGCGCAUGCUUCGUUUUCCUGAUCGUCGUCGUUAAUUCGCUCGUUAUUGCUGUAGAAUCUCCUGACAAACGUGGAGAACGUCGCCAUGAGGCUGCUUCGGAAAUGAGGCUGCUUCGGAAAUGAGGCUGCUUCGGAAAGUUCUUCUCCAGAGCUGAAUCUCUCGCCACUGGAUCUGUCAUGUGUGUGUGAUUUAGAUUUAGAUGCGAAAGGUUUUUUUUUUGCUCAGUGUGGGGAGACGACUUUAAAUUCUAUACAGAUAUUUUACACACACACACACACACACACGAGACACAGUGGAGGGAGAUUAGAGUGAUGAGUGAAAACGCCGGAGUUUCCCUUUAAUAGGCUUUAAAGGAUUUGCUGCUCUCUCAUUGGUAAAUGAAGCUAUGUAACGUUAUUGCGUCUCAUAUUACGCCAGUGUUUCUAAUAAUCUAUUUCUAUCCUGUUUUGUUAUAGAAUGUUAUAAAGCUGUUUUAAUUGCUUUCCGAGUUAACAUGUACGCUCGUUGUUUUUAAAUCAUGUCGUAAGAAAAUGAGGUAGUGAACGAGGGCGGCCUCGGACGAGGCACUCGAGGAUCUGUGAUGCGUUCAGAGACGAAGUUUAUUCUCCAGUUCUUCAUAUUCAUCGUUUAUGGCUCGUGGACGUGUUUCUGUUCCGACGCCUGCUGCAGGAGGAUGUCUUGUGGUUCCGUGUGUGUGUGUGUGUGUGUGUGUGUGUGUGUGUGUGUGUGUGAAGGAAAGAGGGCGUGGUCAGGUCACCGUGGUGAUGGCAGGCUGAAGCUGCUUGGUCGUCUAGGCUCAGGGUCGAUGGCAGAAUGUUUCAUCGCUUUUUUAUUAGAAAAAUAUUAAGAUGGCUCAGCGCAUAAGGAAAACAAAAACUACCUGGAGACUGAGCGUGUGUGUGUGUGUGUGUGUGUGUGUGUGUGUAUAGCAGGACUGUUAGGCACUUAUCUAUUCACUAUGUAUAUUGAUAUUUCUGUCUGGGCGUGGCAGACUCGGCUUAGUGCGUGCGUGCGUGCGUGCGUGUGUGUGUGUGUGUGUGUUAAAGAUAAAGAGAGAUAUUUUAUAACCCAGUCCAGAGUUAUUUGCAAAAUAUAAUUUAGUCCAGGCACUUAAAAAUUUAACGUUCAAAUUUUGAUCCAUGAAUGUUGGUUUAAAUUAAUGAACUUUUAUUAUUAUUAUUAUUAUUAUUAAAAUUUAUUCUCCUCAGCUAUUCCUAUUUCAGUCAUAUUUAAACGUAGGGCUGCACAGAUAAUUAUAUUUUAAGCGUGUUCACAAAUUGUAGCCUCGAUUUAUUAAAGAUAAUCGACGGUGAUGGCAGUGAGAUUACUGUCUGUGAUCGUUUCGUAUGGACUCUGGUGCAUUAAUGCUGCGUUCACUUGCUCUUGAAUUGUUUGUGAUUUAUAAAGUUUUUGCGUUUGGAAAGUUUUUCUAACAAAAAAUAAAUGUAAAAAUAUCUGUAUAAUGGUCUAAUCUAGAAGUCUAAUUGUAUCUGUAGUCUAAUCAGUGACGAUUUAAGGAAAUUUUUCUUUAAAAUUUAAAGAUUAUCGGAUGUUAAACACUGAAACGGUGUUUUUCUCCAUUUCGAAAAGGAAAAAUUUGUAUAAGUAACAUGUUCAUAAUUAUUUUUCAUGCUUCUGUUUGUAAAUCUAAACUGACGUUCCAGUUCAGUCAUUAAGUCAGAAAAUCGUAUUUACGCUAAUUCUUGAACGCAGCAUUAAUCACAGGUUCUCCCGUUUAUGUUUUAACGUAUUUAACAUAUUUAACAUAUUGACCAAUCACAGCGCGCUCUGCGGACUCCAAGCACUUUCAUUGGUCUACACAAACAAUACUAAAGAGCGUCAGAUCUGAUGUGUUUAAUAGAUUAACAUUCGGUUAAUGUGAAUAAUUAACACUUAUAAACAUAGGAAAGGAAUGUUGCGGAAUGAGAUCUACAUCACGAGGAUUUAGUUUGGAAGUUUGGAAGUCGGAAUUGUUUAUGCGUAACUUCGUUUUGAAGUUGAUUGAAGUUAAAUUUGUUUAUAAGGCUUUAAAAAUUAGCCAUUAAAACGAUCCAACGUGCAAAAUAAUUUUUUUUUAAAAGGAUUUUACAUUGAGUUAAUCACAGUCUAGAUUUGAAAGUGUUUACAGGGUUACGCGGCUGGAGCACGUCAGCACUGAUUUGAUUGGUCGCCAUUUCAGCCAAUCAGCAGUCAGGAAAAGGAUUUGUUCCUAAAUCGAAUCUAAACCGUCUGCUGGACAUCUGCGUGUAGAACCUUCACAGGUUUACGUGCGACAAAGUGAAGAAUCUUUUAGGAAAAUUUUUUGUAAGAGUUUAUAUUUUCAAAAGAUUUCAGUUUUUUUUUUAAUCGAAUUCAUACAUUCAAGAGUUUUUUCGUAUUAUUUAGCAGAAAUGAAAUUUGAUGCAAUAAUCUUAAGAGCCAAAUGUGUCAGGACGGUGUUCGCCACCUGAGUGUAGAAUAAUGAAGUGUGUUAAAAAAAGGCCGUUUUCUGUCAGUUUAAAAUGAUUAUAAAAAAAAAAAAUUAAAUGUGCAAUAAACUUGUGAUUAAAUUGG